AUGUAGAGACACAACGUUCAGGUAGAAUUCUCAAAAUUCAGGCAACAGAUUAAAAGUGUCUUUUGCUCGCAACGGUUGCACUCAAAACGCGCUUACGGUAGUUGUAUAGUUGUAGACGAGGCUACAAAAAAAUAUAUAUAUAUAUAUCCAAGAAAAAAUAGAUAUACAUACUACAUAGAAAAUAUUGAAUUUCUGCAAAUUGUAGAGUGAAUAUUUCAACAUUUGAAACAUUUUUGUGUAGUGUGAAUUUCGUGAAACGCGCGAAAACUACAAAAUUUUGCGUUUUUAUGCUUAAUUGAUUUAGAAAAAGUCUUGAGUUGCUGCUUUUUUGCUCUGGUAUUUUUUUGUUUUACACAAGUACCCAUUGCAAAGAAAGUUAAAUAAUUAGUCGACUUAAAGCUUGUUGUGCUGGUGGCGAAAAAUCGAAGCAUUAAAAAAUAUCAAAACUUUUUAUCCAGGCCUUGGGGAAAAAAUUCAAAGGCCUUAGCAAUUUUCUAGGUCGUCUGCGAGUCAAGGAUACUGCGUUGUUAGCAUAUUUUCUAAGAAGGCAGCAGCUGCUUCAAAUUGAAUUUCCUCUUCUCACCCAGCGGUUGAAGUGCAAAAUUUUUGCUUGUUUGUAUACACAUAUCUAUGUACAUAAACUAACUAUGUAAUUUCCUAAAUUUGUACCCGUUCAUAUAAUUAUAAAAAGUGCAUAAAGUAUAAGAAAAAUGUUUUCCAAAAUGUUUGUGAAAUUUAAAACGAAAUGAUAUGAAAUUUAAGUUGAAACGGAUUUUCGCAAUUAGCUUGAAUCCGUUUAUAAAUAAAAAAAAUUAAUAAACGAAAGCAAAGCAGUUACAACAACAAUAGCGUGUAGCUAGCUUAUAACCGUGACAGAAAAACCAAAUGCCCGAAGCUCUAACAUUGCCCGGCAUGGCUGAUGCGGAGCCAGAUUUGUCAACGUUCGAGAAUAAGACCGGCUUGGCCGAGGAUAUGAAAUUUUUGGCGUCAAUGCCAGAGUUAUGCGAUGUGACGUUUUUAGUCGGAGAUACGCGUGAGCCGGUUUGUGCAGUGAAGGCUGUUUUGGCAUCACGCUCUCGCGUCUUUGCCAAAAUGCUCUACUCGGCACCAUCACCGCAACGUAAACGUGAAACUUCGACAAAAGAGAAUAAAUUGCGGCUUUUCCUCAAACGUUCUUCCGAACCACUGUUGAAUCUACAAAAUGCGGCACAACAGAGGAGUGGUUUUACCCAGCAACUUGCUCCGAUACCUGAGCCGGCUGGACAACAGCAUCAAACGCUGAUCAUUGAGGAAUUCGAACCGGAUGUUUUCAGGCAGCUGAUAGAGUACAUACACACCGGUUGUGUAACACUGCAACCAAGAACACUUUUAGGUGUCAUGAACGCGGCAGACUACUACGGUUUGGAGGAGUUGCGUCGCGCUUGUGCUGGUUUUGUGCAGUGUUGCAUUAACGUGGAUACUGUGUGCGCUUUGCUUGCCUCCGCAGAGCGCUACAUACAAUACAAGUGCACUAAGAGCUUGGUACAAAAAGUGCUGGAAUUUGUAGACGAGCAUGGCAAUGAAGUACUCAAUUUGGGCAGCUUUACUUUAUUGCCACAGCACGUGGUGCGCCUCAUUUUGGCACGUGAGGAGUUGCGCGCUGAUGAGUUUACCAAGUUUCAGGCGGCGCUGAUGUGGAGUAAGAAGUAUUUUGACAACAAUCCGAACAUUGAUAUGAAAGAGAUUUUGGGCAACUUUCUGGAGUACAUUCAGUUUCAUAAGAUACCCGCGAAUGUACUGAUGCGUGAGAUCCAUCCACUGGGUUUGGUACCAUAUUCGAUCAUCAUGAACGCUUUGGCCUAUCAGGCAGACCCAGAAAGCAUCGACCCCGGAAAGCUGUCUCCCAACUCUAGUCGCUCGCAUGGCCGCCAUAAGCACCACCAAUCAUUACCAAAAAUUCGCAAAGCCAAAUCUCAGAGUUUCCGCACCCGACGCAGUCCAUCAGACCGCCGUAGCCCAAAUGCCGCACCAAUAUUUGGCCAAGCGGCCAAUCUUACACUGAACACCGCCCAAUUGGCGACCAACGAUAAGAAACGUAGCCCACUUACACCAAAGAGUCCCAUACUACCGCAACCUGAAUCCAAGAGUCCUGGCAGUACUUCGCAGAAAACGCCGACCACAUUAUCCCGACAGGGUACGCUUCGUGCUUCGCAUCGUCGCAAGAACAGCAUGACUGGGUCCCUGGUAUUGGUACAAGGACGUCGCAGUCCAGUGGGUUUUAAUGAUCGCAGUCCGCAAGGACGGCGCAGUCCAUUGAUUAUGUCCAAUGAUCGACUCAAGUCACCCAAUGAAUUGCCAGUGCAGCCCAUGUUUGGCAUGGGAAUGCAUAGUCCGACAGCGCGCAGUCCCACAGGUGGUGCGCGCAGUCCGACCCUUAGCAUGCACACUCAAGAACGCCGCUCGCCCAUCGGUGCCGCAGCACCUACCGAGUUCGGUCAGCUGCGCCGCAGCCCCACUUCGACAGUACAUGUACAGGGCGUACACUACGAUGAAGCAGAGACGGAGGAUGGCUUUGGAAUUGCAUCUGGUAGUGGCAUUAAGCGUCCAUCAAUAAACCUCUUCACGCCCAUCUACUUCAGCGGAGAUAAGCGUAGUCCCAUCACUGCUAUGCCUAUACCACCGAUAACUGUCUCAAAUCCAACGGAGAGUGGCAGGCUGGCGGAAAAAAUUGCAGAGUCCAAUGCCGCAGCUGAGGCGGCUCGUGAGUUGGAACGACAACGUGAAGAAUCUGUUCGACAGGAGGCAGCCGCGGCUAAAGAAUCAACACCGGAGAAAAAGGAGCGCACUAGCGUUAUGAAGGAAAUAUUGGCUUUUGUGCGUAAACCAUCAAAACACAUUUCCACGCGCACGAAUCGUUUUGCAAACGCAUUCACACGCGCCGAGUCGGGUUCGUCAUCGGGACCGCUCAUUAGGCAGAGCACUUUCUCGGCCAGUCCGGCUGCUUCAUCGACGGCGGCCAAGAGUGCGGUGGUGAAGCAGAUGUCCGAAGUUGGAUUCGAACCGAAGAUGUCACUGAAAUUCGCACACUACGCAAAAAUGUCACUGAAACUACGUCGAUCUGCCAACGACGAUAAGGCGAAACAAGCAGCUGCCGCCAGCUCAUCAAAGCGUGCCAGCGCAGACUCCAAUGUCAGCGGAGGCGGCUUGGAUCCACACGAUGCGCAGGUAGGUCGCGCCGGUGGCAGUCUCGGCGGUGGUGCCGGUUCGGGACGUGCAUCACCGCUCGGCGAACUGCCAUUCGAGUUGGCGAAUGUGCAUUUCGAGAAGGUUGGUGAAUCAUAUAUCAAGCACGAGAAGAUACACGAAGAGGAGUAUGUGGACGAAGCCGGCACCACAACCGACACUGUAGUCACCAGCUUCGUUGAGGAGAUCACAAAUUCGCUUAAAGUAGUCUCGUUGUCAAAUGAGAACGCACAAAUAACACAUCAUUUCCAGCGUCGUUCUGAAAGUCGUGAGCCCAUUGAGCCACGCAUAAGCGAAGAACGGGAAUCCGACUCGAAUGAUAUCGUCAUUCCAGAGGAUUUCCGUGCUGAGCUAACCGAAAUUUUGAAAGCCUAUGCACCAGAACCAAUCUACGUGAAUUUGCAAGUGUUGCGCCGUGAAACCGAUGAGGCUGAGGCUGCCGCAGCGCAGGCGCUCGCCAAAGCAGCAGAAACUAGUCUAACUGCUGAAAAGUCACCAUUGCAAUGUCCGAUUAUUGAAUUUGAGCCGCCUUCACGGCGUUCUUCCUUCGAUCCACCACGCUCUCCAUUUCUAGAUAAUUUGCGUAGCCCCGGUGCCGACACCGAUAAUGACUUGAUCAACUUGCAGCGUUUAGACUCAGGCGGCGAUAGUUUCGAAAUGGUUGAGGGAGACCGCAAAUCAAGUCGCGCUGAGUCAAGUUUCGACUGCCCCUAUUCCUCGCGCGACACAAGCUUCGAUAUUUCGCGCUACCAAUCCACUAGUUAUGAAGAUCAAACUUCGAGCUUCGAAAUUGUCGACAUGGACGACAAAAAGAAGUCCAAUAUCGACCUGCGCAAGUCCUCCAUAGAACUAGUGGACGCGGAGACAUUUCAGCGCUCUGGCUAUUCGUGCGGACGCAAAUCCUCGCUAGAGACACAUUUUGACUAUACACCCUCCGAUGCGAGUGGCAUGACGCCUGCACGUUCCCCAAAUUUCCCGAUGAAUAAGAAGCAAAAACCCGAAACUUUACGUGCGUUGCGCAUCUCACCCUUCAGUGCCUUCUCGCGUGCACGCAGCCCACUCUCCAAUCAGACCUCCUCGAAUUAUAGCUCGCGUGACAGUUAUGAUUCAAGUUCCUCCUAUCCGCACUCCGCGCCCAAUCACCAUGAGCCGCAGCGUAGUCCCUUCGCCGAUCCGACGAAGAAACAUUUUCCGCUCACUAUCAAGCAACGCGAAGAGGAAGUGAAAACUUUUCUCUGCACUGAUCAGCGUUGCGCUUCGAUUUUUGAGCCACGCCCUAGUUCGGUGUUGACGCAACAGCUCUCGACCGGUUCGAUGUCCACACCGUCGGGUUAUGGCAAUGGUACACCCUGCGCGGUGGUGAGUAGCACGGUGGGCGGUUUCUCAAGCGGUAGUGAAUUUGAGCCGCCUUCGCCGCGUCGGGCAGCGAGCGCUUCACCCAAACAUACUUUUACUUUUCGCAUUGUUAUGAAAAAAGUCGAUAGUUCGCCGGAAGCUUUGUGUCCUGAACGACAUCGUAGUCGCAUAUUUGAUCGAUAUAGACGUAGGGAUAGUAGGCGCAAGAGAAUACAUGAUGCAGGGAAGAGUUUCUAAAGGGAAGCGUUGGUGAGCUGACGAGUUGAGAAUCUGUGAAGGCGCGAGAAAUGAAGUUUAUACAAGUAGUGAGGAAAGUUUUGGCUCUAACAUACGAGUAGAUUAGAC